GGAAGGGACUCUAGUGAAGGAAUAUCUUUAACUUGAGAAUUUCACAAUAGCGGAGGGUUGAUUUCAAUUUACCGUACACUAAAAAAAAGGGGGACGGGUAACUGGUGAGUCAGAGCAGAAAUAAACAACACCGCACAGAGAGAAAAAAACAGCUCUGCUUUUAUAUACUUGUGGAAAUCCAUUAUUUAGGUAUAUGGAUAUGCAUGCGUGAUGCACCAUAUCAUGUCGUUUCCAAAUGUUAGCUUGUCGAUUUGGAAAUAUGCAAAUCAUGGGGAAAAUCUAGAUAUAAAAUGACUGGACGCGGGUGCUUUCCGUGCUGGUGUUUUUGCUGGCUGGCUUUUAAAAUUAAACAGCCGCAGUCACUCGAAGUAUCGCAGAAUACAACGUAGCAUCAAUGUACUUGGGUACUGGCUGGGUUUAUUAUAUGGCUUUCUGUUUGCAACAGACACAGAAUACAAGUUUGCUUAGUAAACGCGGUGGAAGACGUGCAUCGUAUUGAUUUGAUAUCUAGAAUUCGUUUUCAAAUUAGAUAACGUAGAUACCACGCGUACUGUACAUUCUUAACACAGGGAAAUAAAUGCUGGACGAAACUAUCAUUGAGUCUCUCCCGGACCUUAAAGAUGUGGAAAGUAAAAUCGGCAGAAAAACGCCGGAAGGGUUGCUGAGAUGGCUGCGGGAGGACUCUGCUCUCCUUCUCGGGGGCAACACCCUGAACCCCGGGGAGAGCAAAGAGCGCGACCCGCUCCCGGGGAAGAAAGGUCUGGAUGAAAAAAUACGAAACUUAAAACUCGAAAUGGCCUACCUGCGCUCCACUGACGUGAAGAUCCUUCAGCAGCUGGUCGCAGUGAACGAGGGGAUCGAGGCGGUCAAGUGGAUUCUGGAGGAGAAGGGCAACCUGGCCAGUCGCUGUAGCAGCCUGACCAGCAGCCAGUAUAGCCUGGUGGAGAGCCAGGAGACCUCCAGGAGAGGCAGCUGGAACAGUCUGGUGGAGAGUCAGGAGACCUCCAGCCUGCAGGACCCCAGCGACAAACUGGACAACAUCUCCAUCGGCAGCUACCUGGACACCUUGGCAGACGAUAUGGACGAGUACUGCCCAUCCAGUUCAGAGUCCGCGAUCUGCUCCUCCCCUAAGGGCCACAGAGGCCCCUGUGGCAGGUCUGAGCAGGAGCAGCAGUGGGGUGGUGGAGGAGGCAAAACCUGCGGACAGGGCUCUCCUUUACACAGAACACACUUCUUUAGGGAGAACCAGGGCUGGGGUAAGCCAGCCCAGCACCCUUCCAAAGUGGAGUCCAGCAGAGUUAUCAGGGAGCUGCUUCCUUCAAAGUCACGCAGCCUAGGGAACAGCUAUCUGGACAAACCGGGUGCUGACCUCGACUGCAUCCCAGAGACAAGGCCUACUUUAGCGGAGAAGCCAUCCAAAGGCAGCCCCAAGCUGAACCCCUAUAAAAACAGUAAAAUAGAUUUGGACAGCUGUAAACUGAACACUAAGAUCCACCUCGAGUACGAUGCGCACUGGCGCUGGGUGCAGUCUCAGGACGAUGUGACGUUCUUGUAAGAGAGGGAGAACCCCAACAGGCAUCAGGGUGAAGUGCCACGCCCACCCCCAGGGCACCGAAAUUUAACCUAGCCACAAGCCAUGAGCUGUUUACAAGCAGAACUGGCACAAUCCUAGUUUUCAGGUGCUCAAUAUGAUUCUAGAAUCUUGCAAAACUUUACGAUUCUAGAAUCUUAACAAAAACCUAACUAGGUAAACUUGUUGAAGAUAUCAGCUCGGAAGUAAUUUGAGUUGAUUAGAGACACAUUUUACAGGGGGAAAAAAUGAGCGCUUUGUUUUAGCCUUGUUGUCCAUGCAGCAGUAAAUAUUAAUAUAUCACUCCAACCCCUCACCCUUUUCCUUUCUAAAAAUGCAUUGUGCUUGCAGCCCAGUUUGAUGCUUUCCAUUACCGUGCCUGCAGUUUGAACAGAAUUGAAAUCUUUGAUGCCUCCAGAUUCCCUCUCCUGUGGGAUCCAGAUACAGACGCUCCAUGUGUACACGCUAGAGCUUCAGCCACAGCAGUGCAACACAGAAGAGCCUGUGCAUUCAUUCAUCUUAUUGUCCUGGAUACAGAUUUCAAUUUCCUGCAUUUUUUUCUUUUUAAUUGAUACACCUGCCAUUUGUUUUUACAUUUGGAAUAUAUACUACAGCAGACGGCAGCUGUAUUGUUAUAAAGAGGCAGGCUAAUGCGGGCAGGGCACGACUAUAGGAGCAGUGUUCUUAUUGCAGGACAAACCAAACCGCAUUGCUCUGUGAUCACAAUGCUGUAAAGUUCAUACUGUUGGAUCGCACCUUCUUGCCGUGGACAAUAUUUCAAUAAACCUACCUAAAAACCGACGGCAUCCAACACGAUUAACAUUCCUAUUAAUAACUCAUCUGGGGAUUUUGAUUUGCUGGUACAAGCAGGAGAAUGACUGAGCUAACAUGCAAUCAAACAGAAUCUGGAACAUCAAGCAAAACUGUUUGAUGACAACCACAAUUUGCCAAACAAUGUAGCUGAACUAGCUUGAGGAAAUGCCGGUGCCAAAACACAGCUUUAAGAAAAGGCAUUGGUCGUGUGUGCGAGACUGUCUUCAUUAGCAUUAUCCACUUCUUCUAUUUGUAAAUCUAACAAAGUGGCAAUGGAUGAAAAUAACCUUCUUAUCCAGCCUAGGAGUUGACCCACGAUUGACAGAAAACAGCUCUCCCGUAAUCAACUUUCUUCAGAGGGUCCUCCUCUAGUUUUUAAGUGGGGAAAGGGUUCAACUAAACCUCAUGCUGUUGGAUUAGGGGGUGGGGGUUGAUGGUUAAUAUUAGUGUGACCCUCAGACAUACUGCUGAUUACAUCACCUCAACUUGAGGGACAGAAUGGUCUUCUGAUCGGCAUACUCAUGGGCAAUUCCACAACACACGUAUGACCAUCAUGUUUCUCUCUCUGUUCCCUCGCAUAGAAACCUCGGAAGCUUAUUAGUCCACAUAGUUUGUGUCUAGACCAGGGUUGCCGUCAACUAUUUGCUUUUGGGAAGAAAAACAAACUGUAACAAAUCUCUCUAUAUGUGUGUGUUUGUAUCCUCACCAACUCUCUUAGAUGUGGUUCCUCAAUUAAUAUUGAAGUUAUAUUCUGAAUUUGCCAAAGCUGAAUGUGCUUUUGAUUUGGGAGGAAGAACAGCCAUUGAAGCGAUGUCUUGAGUGGUGGCUGGGGGUUGCUGCUGCCAAGCGGCGUUUCUUCUGGUGUUUGAACUGGAUUGUGUUUAGUGUGUUAUGGUCUGCAGAUUG